AUGGCGAACAUGCGUGGGGGAGGGCGACUGGCUUGCCCUUUCGUGCUCCCAUUCGCCCCUUUCUCUCUCGACUCCCUCUCCUCUCGCCGCCGACCAGCCGAUGCCCGUCCUCGUCGAUUUGCCGCUGCGUUCUUCAGGUGGGAAGAGAAGAGGAGGAGCGAGCAGGUCAGGCGGCGUCCAUGGCGCUCGCAGAUCCGCCGGCGCCGUCGUCUGACCUCCACCGACCUCGCCUCCGCCAUCCACCCAACUCCUCGCUCCUCUCUCGCCGCCGGCCGCUCCCCUCAUCUCCCGUCGCCGGGAUCCGCCACAACCGCACCCUCCCCUCCCCUCUCCUCUCACCACAAGGAGAAGGAGGACACAGAUCGGGCAAGCCAAGACGCCGGCCAUGGCGCUCCCAUCACAUCCAUCCGUCAAGGGGGGUCGACCAAGGCGGACUGCUGCUUUCUUCCUUCCUCCAGCGCUCGCUCCUCAACUCAAGCCCAACAUCCACCACCACCGCCGCUGGUUCGGUUCUGCCACCGUUGUCAAGCAUCUGCUUUGUCGUUCACGCCAUGCAGACCUGCUCCGACGUUGCUACUCCUCAAGCACAAGAGACAGCAACAUCACCAGCGCCCAACGCUAGCCGCACCUCAGACCCGAGAUGGCGCACAAGCUUGGUGUGAAUGGUUCCUCUCCUCUGCUCUCUCUACACAAACAUUACUUUGUUUGUGCUUUACUUCUCGUCAGUUGCAGAACCACUAUCGAAGUCAAAACUGCUGCAAAACCGAACCAGGAUGUUUUCAAACAAAAUGCCACCAAUCUGGGACAUUAUUAGCUUCAAAGUACCAAGUGGGUAGGCUCUCGGUGAAUAUGUCGACUUCUUGCGCUCCUAAUAUAUGCGGUUUUACUUAUGCCUGGUUUCAUAAGAGGAUUCAUCUAUGAAGCCUGAGAAAGUACGCGUCGCUGGGGGUCUCCAUGGUUGCUGCCGACCGGAUGUCACCACCGCUGCCGAUGUCGUCGUCGCCCUAACCACUGUCCCGCAACACAGUGCUUAGGAGAAGGAGAGGCAUGGUCGUAGCCACAUAAACAGAUGAGGAAGAGGUGAGCUGUCGCUAGCCCCUAGUGGCGUGCUGCAUCUCCCAUCGGUGCUUGCGACAGGAGAACCACACCCCUGGCCUCUUCAUCUACGCCUCGGUUGUUGUCUCCCCAAGCAACGCCAAAGGCAACAAUAGCAAG